AUGGCUAGCACAGGGAGCAGCACGCCAUCGCUGACUCCUUCUCGUUCACCCACUCCGGAACCACCAAUUCAGCCUAAUCACUUCUAUGGCAAUGAGAAUGCGCAUCCACCACUAUCACCGAGCUCGGACGGCCGCGCAUGGCUGGAUCCGGCAGACGACCCCUUGGCGCAGCGGGGCAUACCAGUCUUUACACCAACAAUAGAAGAGUUCCUCGAUUUUGAGGGGUACAUGAACAAGGUCGAGUGUUGGGGUAUGCGAAGUGGAAUCGUAAAGGUCAUCCCGCCUAAGGAGUGGAGAGACGCACUUCCGGCUCUCAACCCACAGCUGGCAAAUGUAAAGCUCAAGAAUCCUAUCGAGCAGCAGAUGAUGGGACGCGCAGGGCUUUUUCGUCAGCAGAACAUUGAGAAACGCAAGAUCAUGAGCGUCCGAGAGUGGGCUGAGCUCUGCUCCAGAGAGGAGCUGCGUGCUCCAGGCGUUGAUGACAUCGGUCUGCAUGCACGCGCAACGAACGGGACGGCGAAGGCGAAGUCUAGGAGAGGAGGAAGAAAGACAAGAGAUCCGGAGACUGCCGAGCCAGAGAUGACGCCAAGUGUGAUGGUGAAGGAGGAAGACGAGGACCACGUUGAUGUCAGUAUCCGCCCUGCCGUACAAGAUGAGACUUUCGCGAAACAGCUCACUCCCCCCCGCUCCUCCGAGAGCGCGACCCCUGUCUCAGCCUCUGACGACGCUGAACCAGAUGGCACACACGAGAAGGAUCUUCCAACACGAGAGUCGGCGGUAUCGUCCUCUGGAUCUCACCACUCGACAGCUCCCCAGCCGCCAUCCGGGGACGUCGCCAGUGCGGUAGCCAAGGAAGAGGAAGAAGAAGAGGUAGAGGAGAAGCCGAGGACCAGAGGAAGACGUAACCCUCAGACGAAGGAGGGACGCGAAGCGGCGAUGGCUGAGCGCGUCGCUAAAGACGAAGUAUUCCUCGAGAGCUUCGACCCUCAUUCAGACUGGCUGCCACCGAAUACCACUUCCUUCGACUACACUCCCGAAUUUUGCAGAGAGCUGGAAAGAAGGUACUGGCGCAACUGCGGUCUCAGUCGACCUGCUUGGUACGGUGCAGAUAUGCAAGGAUCUUUGUUCACGGACGAGACGACGUCUUGGAACGUCGCUCACUUGCCUUCAGCUCUGUCGAGGCUGCUUCCUUCCUCCAACAAGGGCUUGCCCGGUGUCAACACACCAUACCUCUACUUUGGCAUGUGGCGAGCAACAUUCGCGUGGCACGUAGAGGAUAUGGACCUCUUCAGUAUCAAUUACAUUCACUUCGGCGCUCCGAAGUUUUGGUAUGCUGUCCCACAAGCUCGGGCGGCGCAGUUAGAGACGUCAAUGAAAGGGUACUUUCCGAAGGACACUUCCCAUUGUCCCCAAUUUCUCCGACACAAGUCGUACCUAGCAUCUCCGAACAUUCUGUCAAAGCACUCCUGUCGUCCGAACUGGCUAGUCCAACACGCGGGAGAAUUUGUUAUUACCUAUCCGAGAGGAUACCAUGCAGGCUUCAAUCUUGGCUUCAACUGCGCGGAAAGUGUCAACUUCGCGCUCGAGAGCUGGCUCGAGCUUGGGCGGAACGCCGAGGUCUGCCAAUGCGUUGAUUUCAGUGUCCGUAUUGACGUUGACCAACUGCUUCGGGACCGCGAGGCUGAGCGACUCGAAGCACAGCAAGAAGAAGUGAGAGUGGCGAAAGCGAAGUCGCCGCGCAAGCGGAAAGCUGAGGACGCGCAAAACUCGCCGAAGUCUAAGAAGCCUCGCACGCAGGUAGCCAAGGACAACGACCAACCUCCUCUCCCGCAGGCGGUGCCUGCAAAGCCAGUUGCUCCGAAGGUUACGCUCAAGCUUGGCCCGCAGCCGAAAGAGCCGGAUGUCUUCCCGUGUUGUCUCUGCGUUUCUACCGACCGGGUGGGCCUUCUACGCGUGCAAAAUCCGCCCCUCGGUCGUAAACAAGGUGAAAGCGGCGAGGCAUCCGGUGCGGGUGGCGUUUGGUACGCACAUGAAGAGUGCGCGAGCGUUGUCCCUGAGACUUGGGUAGACGAAAUUGAAGUCGAAGAUCCGUUGCCCAGCGGCAUGAAGCGCAGAGAACGCGUCGUGCUCGGGGUCGAUGGCAUUGUGAGGGAUCGGUGGAACUUGAAAUGUAAUGCGUGCACUAAGCCGCGCAAUAAGGCACAUGGAGCUCCAAUCCAGUGUACCAAGGGCAAAUGCCCCAAGGCGUUUCACGUUUCUUGCGCCCGGGACGGUGCGGGUCAGAGUAUCAUCUACCGUGUCGUCCGAGCCAUCGAGAAGGAGGUUGUUCUUCUCGAUUCCCAGGUCGUUCCCCCGGCACAAUUCAACGACCCAGGCACUGUGCAAAUGGAUGUGGAUCAGUGCGGAGUCUACACACCUCACGUCUUGAAGCUCAUCAGGAAGGUUGAGGUGGAGCUACUGUGUCCCCAGCACAACCCGGCUAUUGCCGAGGCUAAGAAAGCCGCCAAGCAAGAUAGGAUUCGUAACGAGCUGAUGACUCUACCGCCGGGCGCGCGCAUCAAGCUCAGGGUGAGCGCAGGCGUCUUUGAGGUAACGCUGUGCCGUGUCGUCGAGGAGUCUAGCUCCGUCGAGGUGCUUUGGGAUCGUGGUCUGAAGCGCGAGUUCAAGUGGGGAAGCGUCGUCUUCGGCAACACUGAGUUGGUUGUUGGCCAAAAGCCCACCGAAGCCGCUCCUGAACCUGAACGUGAGCCACUCAUAUUCUCGCCCAUUGCGUCCGCCCAAUAUUUUGUAGGUAUUCCAGCUACGCCUUCUACAUCGCAGGCCACCGCUAGCUCCCACCCCCUAGCAUUAGGGUCAACGCCUUCCUUCUCUGUGCGCCCUUCUGCGACAACAUACACUCAGGCUUAUGGCCAUGCGACCCCUUACGGCGCACCGCUACCUCCCCAGCACGUGCAGCCAUAUCAAGCGUACCAGGGCUCAUAUUACGCGCCCUAUGCGCCCUCAAGCUACCGGUCAGGACCCCCUCCACCCUCACAGUAUAGCUCGUGGACGAAUUACCAGUACAACCAGUCUGGACACCGGUAUUCGAUGGGUCCCGUAUGUGCUACGUCUAGCCAUUGCGCCUCGUCGGAGUCCACAUACUCGACACCAUCGCAGUCAAGUUCGACGGUAGCUACUCCUGGACCCCAGGAUAUUCCGUCCGUACCGACUUCUCAGCCUUCCGCGAGCGAUUUCCAGCCGUCUCACGGUGCAGGAGAGCGACCAGCGUAUACGACAAUGACUUAUCAGGGGUACUCAGGAUGUGGGGAUGCUCCUACCUUGAACCAACUCCCUUCGUCACAUCUGCGCGGUACGCCGUUGCCCCGAGAUACUUCAUCCGCUACAUCAACAGGUGGACGGCUGGCGCAAACUUCUGGCUCUAGUCGGUCAGCGCCGACAUGCACUCAGGUCUCCCCAACGUAUAGCAGAACGUCGACGCCGAACAUCAUACAGUCCGUCCCGCCUGCUGUACCGGUGUAUCAGCCACCAAAUCCUAUAAUGUCGACUACCCCUUCCCUUCGAUGGCAGCAGCCCUAUACUGGGCCAAAGUCUAGCUCUCAGUCCAACUACGCCUCUAGUUCGACGGCGUCGCAUGGGCCCUCGCCGCAACCUCAACCUGUACAUUCAUGA